AUGCCGCAAGACUUCCACUACCUCAGACAAGCUUUUGGAAACGCCAAGACUGAAGAGAAUAACAACUCCAGCCGCUUCGGGAAGUUUAUCCAGUUGAACUAUCUGGAGAGCGGAGUCAUCAGAGGGGCAGUUAUUGAAAAGUACCUUCUUGAAAAGUUUCGCUUGGUGUCACGAGACAAGAAUGAAAGGAACUACCAUGUGUUCUACUAUCUCUUGGUCGGAGCUUCUAAAGAAGAACAGAAAGAGUUCCAUCUGCAGAAGCCGCAGGACUUCCACUACCUCAGACAGGGCGACUUGCAGUUGGAGGAUGAGGAGAGUCUGGGGCAGGAGUACAGGAGGCUGCAUCAGGCCAUGGAGAUGGUCGGCUUCCUCCCAUCCACCAAAAAGCAGAUAUUUUCCAUCCUCUCUGUGAUUCUGCACUUGGGAAACCUGACGUACUCCUCUAAGUCUGGCGGUCUGAAGGUUGGACCAGACGAGGCCCUGAACACGCUGUCUGCCCUGCUCAAAGUUAAAAAGGAGGUUCUUCAAACAACUCUGACCACGAGGAGAGCAGUUGUCUCCGCUGAAGUUGUACUGUCCAAGUUCACAGUGAAAGAGGCGACAAAAAUGCGAGACUCUAUGGCCAAGUCUUUGUACAGCGCUCUGUUUGACUGGAUCAUUUUCCACAUCAACCACGCGCUGCUCAACAGGAGAGACAUGGAGGACUCUGUGUCGUGCUUGUCGAUCGGGGUCUUGGACAUGUUUGGCUUUGAGAACCUGCAUAAAAACAGCUUUGAGCAGCUGUGCAUCAACUUCGCCAACGAGAAACUGCAGCAUUUCAUCAUCAAUCACAUCUUUACACUGCAACAGGCAGACUAUGUGUCAGAGGGCCUUGUGUGGCAGAACAUUGACUACACAGACAACAUCGGCUGCGUUCACUUAUUGAGUGAGAAACCUACAGGGCUGUUUGAACUCCUGGACAAAGAGAGCAGCCUCCCUGACUCCACUGAUCAAAGUCUGAUGGAAAAGAUGAAGCUUUCUCUUCAGGACAGUCCGUUCUUUGAGACAAACUCGGACUCGACUUUCACCAUCCAGCACUUUGCCGGAAGCGUCACCUACAGCAUAAAGGAUUUUGUUGAUAAAACCCGCGAGCACAUGCGCCCAGAGGUGGUGUCUCUCCUCCGCAGCAGUGAGACGGCGUUCCUUCACCACCUGGUCUGCUCCAGUCCUCAAGCGCUCUUCCGAUGGGGGGUCCUACGAGCCACCAUCCGCAUCCUCUCUGUGUUCAAAAGCCUGGCGCGCAGAAGAGCCAAAAUGUUGGCUGCUAAACGCCCAUCCUGUAAAUCGUUACAAGAAUUGAAACGCAAGUCUCAGCGUCUGUCCAGUAACAGUUGGACAUUGGAUUUCUCUUUUGAUCGAUCAGACGAACAUCCUCUUGAAGUCUUUGAGGAUAUAUUUGCAAAUUAUGAAAAAAGAAAGAAAAGUAAAGGGGGGAGACAAAAACAGCUCAUCCCAAAGAACUUGAUGGAUCUGCGGUCUCUUCAACACAUCGUCGGUGUCACUGUUCACGAUAGAACCAGUAAAGCCACAGCUCAUCCUGACGGACCCAUCUCGCCGCUCUCUGUUUGUGUUCAGUUCCAGGCAUCUCUUCAAAAACUCCUGGAAAGAAUUGAAAAAGCACAUCCCUUUUUCAUAGUCUGCUUACGCUCUAACAAUGAAUUGAAAGAGAUGCACUUUGACACAGAGCUGGUGAAACGACAGGUUCACAACACGGGUCUGCUGCAGAUGGUCCUGAUGCAGAAGGCGGGAUACAGCGCCAAGUACACUUUUAAGGAUUUUGUGGGGAAAUUCCGGAUGUUGCUUCCAAAAGGGGCCACUCCAACUCCAGAGCACAUCUCUCAGCUCCUGGAGAAAAUGAAGCUUGACAAGUCUUCUUACCAAAUAGGAAAGACAAAGGUUUUCCUCAAAGCUCACGAGCGGCAGGUUCUUCGAGACACUCAGAACACUGUGAUCAUACGCCACAUUGUGGUUUUGCAGCGAUGGUUCAGGUCCUGUUUGAUCCGGAAACAUUUCAUUCAGAAGAAAGACGCAACUCUGCUCAUUCAGAGAUGCUGGCGUGAGUUUUAUGAAAAGCAGAACCGAGCAGCGACAGUGAUCCAGAUGGCCUGGAGGACGUCUCUGAUGGAGAAUGAAAGCGGGAGGGGGAGGCCCGGUCGGGAUCGUCUGAGCAAAAAGGAGCUGAAGCGUCAGACUCCGGUGGAGCUGAGCCCGAGCCGCGGCCUUGAGCCUGGAUCAGGCCCGAGACGCGACAGCACCCCCCCUCUGCACCGGCCCCUGUCCCUGCCCUUGGACAACGCCUACACAGAGAACAGCCCUUCCAAGGGUCUGCACCGCUACAAGGACAUGAGCGGCAUCAAGGAGAAGGCCGACCGCUGGAGGGAGCGGCUGCCCGCUGACGGGGCCAGUCCAGAGCGCAACAGGCGCGGCGAGUAUCAUAAUAAAGGAAAAUCCAUGUCUGCUGAUGAAUUGUCCACACACAGCUCCUCUGACAGCUCGCCGUCUGCAGGAGAGAAAAUCGCAGCCGAACCCGAUGGAUCUAGAUUCAGCCUGCCCCCAAGAAACUCGGAGGAGGACGGGAAUCAAACUCUUACUACACCCGAGCGGGUUUGGUUCCUAAGUAGAUUUUUGAAGAAGCGAACGCCAAAAUAUAUCCACAGCCAUGAUUCUUCCCAUGACAAAUCAGGUAAUAUCUAUUCACUUUAUUAUUCACUCUUCACUUUAGUCACUGUGGGCUAA